AUGCACGCCACCGGCCACACGGACCGCUCGGGCGGCGGCGGCGGCGGCGGCGGCUCCUGGCGCCUUCCGCCCGACGAGACGCUGCAGGUCGCCGACCCCAAGUCCGCCAAAGAGGAGGACCUCUAUCCAGGAGACGGCCACAACUGGAGAAGUAUCAUAUUUUCUUUGAUGGUCAUCAGUUUUGUAAUAGCGGGAAUUGUAACAGCUAUAUAUUUACUAGGGUAUGUGGACGAAUUAUUAUAUUGGUCGGGUCGUCGCAUGCGUCUCGACGAGUUCCUGCGCGGCGAUCUGACUGGGGAGCGACUGCCCACCACGUGGGUGAGCUCGCACCAGCUCGUGUAUCAGGCAGACGACGGCAGCCUGCUCGCGCUCGACACUUUCAACAACUCUCUCACUGUACUCGUCACCAAUCAUACGCUAAGGCAGUUAAAUGUGCGCGGGUAUCAGUGCUCCCCAAAUCUGCAUCAUGUCCUAUUCCAACACAAUAUCAAAGAGGUUUACAGGCGGACUUUUACAGCGUACUAUACAGUUUAUGACGUCACAAAUGACCACCACAUCCCGCUGUUCGGCGAGGGGCAGAGCAGCUGGGAGUGGCAGCACGCGGCGUGGCUGGGAUCGGAGGGCGCGCUGCUGCUGGCCGCAGACAGUGAGGUCCUGGCGCGCCCCGGCCCUCCUGCGCGCCGCGCGCCCAUCCUGCGCCUCACCACCGACGCUUACACUGGCAGCGUCUAUAACGGUGUUUCAGACUGGCUCUAUCAAGAGGAGGUGACAAAAACAGCAUCUGCGACCUGGGGAUCAUCAGACGGCACGCUGGUCAUGUACGUGCAGUACAACGACACGAUGGUGCCGGAGCUGCAGUUCCCCAGGAUAUCGGAGGGCAUCGGCGGCGCUGGCGCGACCAGGUCCGGCUUCCUCUUGCCUGCCCUCAACAACAGCAUACACGCUGUCUUUCCCGACCACAUGACGGUUAGGUAUCCCACGCCCGGUAGUUCAAUCCCAAAAGUUAAAUUAUGGAUAGUGGCAGUACAAAAUACAACGUCUCCGCCAAGAUGGGAAGUUAAACCUCCAAGUACAUUAGAUGGAAUUGAAUAUUAUCUCAUAUCAGCUCAGUGGGUGGGCAAAGAUAAUUCUCACGUGGGAGUAGUGUGGAUGAGUCGCGCCCAGAACCUAACAGUGUACAGUAGUUGUUACGCUCCUAAUUGGACGUGUACUGAGACCCAUUCAGAGAAAGCAACGGAUGAACCGUGGCUAGAAGUUCAUCAGAAACCAGUCUACUCAGAAGACGGUAGUGCCUUUUUACUUUUAGCAGCCGUUCAGGAGGGCGGGGGCCAAUAUUACACGCAUAUCAAACAUGUUGACGUGCUGCGUCAAAGGAUAGCAGUACUUUCACACGGAAAAGUCGAAGUCGCCGAAAUACUUGCGUGGGACCAGAUAAACAACCUGGUUUAUUAUUUAGGUUUAGACAAAGAAAGGUUAUACAUACCUAAACUGCAUUCCGAUAUGAUCAAGGAGGCAAAUCAAAGUAGUGCCGAUAGGCCGGGGCAGCGUCAGGUGUAUGUGGUACGCGACCCGGGGUACGGCGGGGGCAGCAACUCUGUAAAGGCGCGAGCGGAGCGCGAGGAGCCGCGCUGCUUGACCUGCGAAUUGGCCGUUUGGCCUGCGCGCCUUCAUUACGCUAACUGCUCCUUCUGGAGAGCCACCUUCUCGCCGCCCAAACCUAAAAUUGGCAUCACACAUUACGUGUUAGAAUGUGGUGGCCCAGGUCCGCCUCUAGCAGGCUUACAUAAUGCUAAAACUCAUAAGCUAGAAAGAAUAUUAUAUGAUACGAGGCCUUAUAGAUCCGUACGUCUAAGGGAACUAGCUCUGCCAACACGGCGGUCUUUCGAUGUGCAGCUUAGUAGUGGCUCUAAAGCCAGAGUCCAACUUUUGUUGCCACCUUCUUGGCGAGAGGAGCUUCGAGAUGCUGCAUUUCCUGUUCUUGUUCAUGUUGACGGUAGACCCGGCAGCCAACAGGUGACGGACGAGUUCCUGGUUGACUGGGGGUCGUACAUGUCGUCUCGCAAUGACGUGGUAUACGUCAAGCUGGAUGUAGCAGGCGCCAGAGGACUACCUCGAGCGCUGCUGCGUGGACGCCUUGGAGGCGUCGAGGUCGCUGACCAGUUGGCUGUAAUUAGGUACUUAUUAGAAACGUUUAAAUUUCUGGACGUAACGCGUGUGGCUGUAUGGGGCUGGGGCUAUGGUGGCUACGUUACGGCCAUGCUGCUCGGCUCGCAGCAGGCCACGCUCAAAUGCGGCAUAGCUGUCUCUCCUAUUACUGAUUGGCUUUACUAUAAUGCUGCUUUCACGGAGCGCAUCCUGGGUCAGCCGUCAGUCAACUACAAGGGCUAUGUGGAGGCGGACGCGUCGCAACGUGCGCACCACGUACCCGCGCACGCGCUCUACCUCGUGCACGGCAUGGCCGAUAUGAGCGCCCCCUAUCCGCACGCAUUGCAAUUAGCACGGGCGCUAACGGAUGCAGGCGUGCUCUUCAGAUAUCAGGCAUACGCUGAUGAAGGGCAUGAUCUAAAAGGAGUCAUCGAGCACGUGUACCGUUCCAUGGAAGAUUUCCUUCGGGAGUGUUUAUCUCUUGACCCCGAAGACACGAAGUUGCCUCCGCCGGACAGAUAAAAUGUAAUUUUCUCCCCAACCUUUAACGGAAGGGGCGCACUGUACCCGGAGUUAUCAGAGUUAUUCAUUGUUAUCAUAUUUAUUUGUAAAUAUGUAUAUAGAAUAUAGUGCUUUAAUUAAAUGUGUUCCAAAUUAUUUUUAACUCGAUUUCGUGUUUGAUUUUAGUGUAUUAAUAUGAAAAAUGUGUAAAAAGCCUAAUCGUGAUUAGAAAUAGGCAAUCUUAUGAUGUUAUUGAAUUUUAUUUUUUAUUAUUAAGCACCGGUUAAAAGAUUGGAGAAAAUGUAUCUUCCUCGGUAAUAAUAAGAUAAUUUGAUAAUAAUAUUAGUGUUGAUGCAUUUUAAUUGAAUCUUUGUUCAUUCAAUUCAUCGUACCUCGCUUAGCGUCCUUCGCCUUCACUUAACUAACGUACUAUCUCUAAACUGGUCUUUUAAUGAGACUUAAUAAG